AUGAAUGAGGGUCUUCAGUACUCGCCUUCCUCGUCGUCAUCAACUCGUCAUCCCAAACCUUCAUCUCAGCCUUCACCAUCUUCGGAUUUCGGAGCUUUCACCUCAGCGCCCCUAUUGUCGUAUCCCUCACAUACGUUACAAGCUCCAAGUCCGAGCGGCUGCCAUGAUCCUGCUCGAGGCCAAACACGUUCGCCAUCUUUGCUAGAUAACGACAAUCUCUUCGGCUCGUAUGACCAUCAGGAACCCUAUUACCUCGCUGCUGUUGCAAGUUCCCAAACCCACUCAAAAUCACCAACACCACAACUUAAAGAUAUAGACCUACUUGGUGGCGAUAUCUGGGAAGACGCAACUCCCCAAUCCCGAACGCCGUCCCCAAAGGCCCCGCCUUCAUCUCCACGUCACCGAGGCAGUCCUACCCCCAAUAGCCCAAUCCAUGUGAACCUACCUCCUCGACCCGUCGAUAUAUCGGCAGAAUAUAUUCCCCCCUUACGCUCGCCCCGUCGUAUGUCGACUCCUUUCUUCACUUCUAGUCUCGGAUCGCCGCCCAUACUUACAGACGCGGGCAAUGACAUUAUCUUUCACCCUUCUCACGAGGCUAGAAACGACAACGCUGCAGACGAGAUGCGCCGAGUGCAGAAAGGUGAUCCAGCUACAUCAGCUUCGUCCUCUACGCAGAUACCGCCUCAACGAUCACAAUCCCACAGGUCAUCGACGCGAAGCCCAACUCAACCUUCUAAGCUCCUUGAUACGCUUGCAACGACAACCAAAAUGGCUUCCAAAUGGCGAUCAGCGAUUACCAGCUCAUCAUUCACUCCUCCCACUACUCUUCCCACUCUCGAAGCCCAUCAUUCCUCUGCGCCGAAGUCCUCUGAUUCCCUUCCUAUCGAUAUCUCUCACUCGAAUCCUUUCGCUACGCCGGAACAACUGGCAGGAAGCUAUAAGGCCCCUACGGGUGCCCCAGGGUUUGAUGCUCACCGUAAAGUCCCGUCUCGCAAUGUCGACCAAGAUGAAGAAUGGGGUAGUAUUGCACUAUUAGGGAGACGGGACAGUACAGCUCCAAUACUGACGCCAAAAGAUGCAGAGCAGCUACGUCGCUUUCUUCCACCUCGUCAGCGGCUGUCUGGAGCGUGGACACUACUCUUCUCUCUCGACCAGCAUGGAGCGUCUCUCUCUACCUUAUACCGUCUGGUAGAUCGAUAUGGACAGGCACAUAGGUCGUGUGGCAACAUUCUCAUCGUCAUAGACGGUAAGGGGAAUAGGUUCGGAGUUUUUUUGAAUGAGUCAAUUGUGAAACGAGAAGGUACAUAUUAUGGGAGCGGAGAAUCGUUCUUGUUCAAGAUUACCUCUUUAUCCGCAGUUCAGGCAUUUCGAUGGACGGGCAAAAAUCAGUAUUUCGCUCUUUGCGAGUCUGACCUUAUCUCUUUCGGAGGAGGCGACGGGACAUAUGGUCUGCUGCUUGAUUCAACGUUCUCUCGCAACUCAUCCGCUACCUGUCCUGCAUACGAGAAUGAUAUUCUAUCAGAAUCCAAUAAUCGCAAGUCUUCGCAAGCGUCUCUUUUCGAUUGCGUAGGUUUGGAAGUUUGGGGCACGUAA